AUGAUCCUGUGCAUGAUGAGAUUGGAACCGGUAUCUUUUGAGGAUGUGUCUGUGUACUUUAAAAAGACAGAAUGGAAGCUUCUUGAUCUCAAACAGAGGAAUCUCUACAAGCAGGUCAUGCUUGAGAACUACAGCCAUUUGGUGACAGUGGGAUUUGCUUUCUCGAAGCCUAAUCGGGUGUCCUCGUUGGAAUGAGGGGAGAAGCCCUGGAUUACAGAUGGCAGAAUAGGGACUUCAACAGGAUCCCAUGCUGGGAAUGGGGUAAAGAGAAAGAUGGUGACUUCAAAACCAAAACUUUUUGGAAGAGGUCUCCUUGGAGGCACCUCAGGAUUGUCAGUGCCAAGACAUCCUCAUGACUCCAGGCCAAAUCCUAUCGUAAGGUACCAGCACUCCAGAAUCACGGAUAAGCGCUAUCUGUGUCAGCACUGCAGAAAAUCCUUCAGCCAAAGCCCCAAUCUCAUCAUGCACAGGAUCAUUCACAGUGGGGAGAAAUUCUACAAGCGCAGCAAGUGCGGGAAGCUCUUCUGGUGCAGCUUUGCACUGCUGGAGCAUCAGUGUAUCCACAGCGGCAACAAGCCCUUUGAGUGCGAGGAAUGUGGCAAGAUCUUCACGCGCAAUUCCAUUCUUGUCAAGCACCAGAUCAUCCACAGCAGCGAGAUGCCAUUUAUGUGCCGAGUGUGCAGCAAGCUGUUCCAGAAGAGCUUUGCGGUGCUUCAGCAUGUGCACAUUCACAGCGAUGAGCGGCCUUAUGAGUGCAGUGAGUGCGGUAAGGCAUUCAGUGGCAGCUCCAACCUCAUUGAGCACCAGGGUACCCACAGUGGCCAGAAGCCCUGCAUCUGUCAGGAGUGCAGCAAGAACUUCAAGGAUUCGCAGCUCAUCCACCACCAGCACAGCCACAGUGGCGACAGGCCCUUCUCAUGCCGCGAGUGAGGUAAGACCUUCCGUGGCCACUGGGGCCUUAGCCUACACCAACGUGUGCACAGUGGUGAGAAGCCAUACCUGUGCAGUGAUUGUGGCCUGGCCUUCCGUCUCCCGGCCAACCUCUUCAAACACCAGGUGGCGCAUGGUGGCAUGAGGCUCCCACGUGACUGCAUCCUCCUGAAGCAUAGUGUUGGCCCCCGUGGGUCUCUGCCCCAGGACACCAGAGAAGGCAGCUCAUCAGAUCCCCAGUCCAUAGACACCAGUGAGAAGCCCCAAGCGUGUGAACGCUGUGGCCAGGUCUUUGAGAAUAAGCUGCUGCAGUGUCGCCAUUUGUGUAUCCAUGACGACAAAGAUAACAAGAAGCAGAAGCUGAUUACUGCCAGCACCUGAGGUUUGGAGAAGCUGCCACCUCUCAGCCAGGAUCUGGACUCCCAGCCAGCAGAAGAAAGCAACAGUGAAAGAAAUGAAAGUUUCCUGUGUGCUGAGAAGGCCCAGGGCCCAUUCUCACCUUGA